AGCACAGAACGUCAAGUCACUUCCCCGAAAAUCAUUUGUUUGGGUUGUGUCUGGUUUUGGCGCAGAGCGUUGGCCCUUGGUGCCCAUCUUGAUGUGGUCGACGAACACAAGCCAUACGCCCGUCGUUGCGCUAGACUCAGCACCCUCCCCGACCUUCGUGGCCCUCUCCGACACCACCCACAAGCACGUCAUGUCGACCGACCUCCCCUCCAAGGAAAAGCUCCCCCCGGACAGACAGCAGGUACGCCCAGCACGCCACACGCACAGGCCGGUGCCUCCCUCCUCACUCCGCCGCCUGCCUCAUCCGCCGUUGCGCGCUGUCACGAUCUUGGUUCAGGUGCCCAAGCCCCCACACGUGGAGGUGAGCUGGCACGACCCUCCCCUGGCCUCACAGGCGCAUGUCUCAUCCCCACACUGCCCGGGCGCAUCCCCACUCUGCCCCUCUCUGCCCUUUUGCUGCCGUUGCUCAGGGUGAGGCGGAGCAGAAGGAUCAGGAAAUGGUGUUGGCGGGCGAUGGCUGCCGCCCGACGCCCAUAGUCAGUGCCGACGAUGCCGCGGCCGCCCCUCAAGCGCCCGAGGGCAAGGAGGCGGCUCCCAAGCGCGCAACGGACGGUGGAGAGGAGGACAAACCGAAGAAACGACAUAAAACCGCCGACUUGCCGGCCUCUGAGGUGAGCAGCCGGGUCAGGGGGGUGGCAGACGUCAUGAGGGCAUGCACAGGGCCACAGAGAGUCGCAGGAAGGGCAGAGUGGGGCGAGGAAGGCACCGAGGGAGACGGGGAGGUCUGGAGGGAGGUCGUGUCUCGACCGGUUCGCUGCGAGCUGUGGGUAUCCAUCUGUUUGUGAGAGCCAGUUUGGGCGUCAGGGAGGACUCGCGAGGCAGCACAGCCAGCCAGGCCACACGGGCAUAUUGGACACGGCUGCGUGUCGUGUUGAAAGAUGUAUCCAAGCAGCUGUUGAUUGACACAUCCGUAUCGGCUCUCUUCAUUCUGUCACUGCCGGCGCGUGUCUGGUGUGGGGGUGUGUGUGUGUGUGUGUGUGUGCAGGGUGACAGUGACUCGCUGCUGAGGAGCCGUUUGAAGAAACUCAUCACGGACCUGCAAAUCAGGUGAGCGUCACGUCGCUCCACACGCGCGCACCCUCUCCUCUCAUCCACUCCACUCAACUCGUGUGUGGGGUGUGCUGUGGUGUGUGCCGUGCAGCCCGUCGAUAUACAAAGGCAUAGACAAGGGUGAUUCGUCGGUGGCCAUGUUGAACCAAAGGGUCAUGGAGAAGUGUGCAGAGCUGGGUAAGUGGUGGUCGACGUUACACAGCCACCACACACAGAGAGCCGCUUCACACACGCCACACACAGAGCCGCGGUCCACCUCUCUCUCCCUCCCUCUCUGUAUGUCUGUGUGGGCAAAUGCAGGUGUGACGGCUAAUGGCGAGGUGCGUUUGCCGACUCCUGAAGAGGUGAGCACACCCACCACCAUACACCAUAACGCCAGACACCAUCACGCCCAGCAGUCAGCCCUGUGUCGGUCCUUUCCUCAAUGUGUGUGUGUGUUGUGCCCCAUCCAUGUGUUGUGUUGAUCAGGAGAAGGCCUACCGCAAGAAGCGCAAGCAGCAGAAGGUGUACGAGGAGGUCAUGGACGGAGUCAGCACCGAUAACAUUCUCAAGGUACACUACACAACCAGCAGUGCAGCCACCACUACACAUCCAUCCAUCCAUCGCUCUGCGCCUGCGUGUGGUUGUCUCGCUGUGUUAUCAGGAGGGCGAGGACGGCCGGCGCCAGCGCCGCCCCGCCGCCGUCAAGGCGGAGCUUGUCAACGCGGUAGGUCCACCACACCCACCACACUCACAAGCAUCAAACACCCCUCACACCCCUCACACACACGUGUGUAUUGGUUCCCUCUUCAGUCGGAGUUGGCCAAGGACCAGCCCAAAAAGGACGCCCGCGACGCACCCAAGAGCCGCAAACCACCAUCAGGCCUCUCGCCCCGCUCAGGCACCAACCCCUCCCUCCCGCCGAUGGCCAGCAGCACAUCCUCACCCCCACACAACGGCGUGCGCAAUGCCGCCCGCAGCCCAACUGAUCGGGACGGUGUUCGGCGGGGCGCCAGCGGGGCGGGUGGCGAUGUGGGUGGCGUGCCGCGUCGUCAGAGUAGCGGUUUGAGCAAGUUGAUAGUGAGCAAGAAGGACGUGCCGGUGCAGAAGAAGUUUGGCCGCAAGGCGACCAAGGCGGAGCGGAUGAUGCUGGCCAAGCCCGACGAGGAUGAGGACGACUAUGACCCCGAUGCGUUCAAGUCGCUCCUCAAGACCGAGUGACCGCGCUACGGCUGACCUACCUCUCUAUCUCUUGUCGGUCUGGCUGCUGGCUGGGUGCCGUGUGCGUCCACCCCUCUGCCUUGUGUACAGUCGCAGUGCACUGUCUGGCCGCCAUCCAUAUGCCCUCUGUCUGUCUGUCUUGAUUGAGCACAAGAUCCAUACAUAUCCCAUAUCUGCCGAGGGUGCGGUGUGGUGGACGGAAUGGGUGUGGUGUGAGGGCAGGCAGAUGGGAUGGGUGGGUCGGUGUUUUUGGCCUCGCCCGCCCUUCUCUGCCCUGCCCUGCCCUGCCUGCCUGUCUGUCUGUAGGGAGACUAGGUAUCUACAGGUGGGAUGGAUGGAUGGAUGGCCUCUCCUUCUUUCUUGUGUGUAGCGGUAGUUGGUUAGAUGGCCUGCCUUCCUGCCUGAGUGCCGUUCCCCAAGCACCACC